CCUCCGCGCCUCUAUGGUAUGCCUCUGCACCGCGAGCGGUGCCGUCAUUUCCGGCGGCGCUCUGGGCGGUGCGUCUCGGUGGUUCCGGCGUGAGAGCGGCAGUGGUGGUGAAAGUCACUUUGACGGGAACUGCGACGCAGCCAUGGCUGAGGACAUCAGAACCAAACUGGAGCACUACAAAACCGCUCCGUUCGACAGCCGCUUCCCCAACCAGAACCAGACCAGGAACUGCUGGCAGAACUACCUGGAUUUCCACCGCUGUGAGAAGGCGAUGGCGGCCAAAGGCGCGGAUGCCACCCCGUGCCAGUGGUACUACCGAGUCUACAAGUCCAUCUGUCCCAUGUCCUGGGUGACAACGUGGGACGAAUACCGUGAGGAGGGGACCUUCCCUGGCAAGAUUUGAGCUUUAGGUCGCACGCAGGGGGGUCAACCGUUGUCACCUGGGGGGGUGUUGGUGACACAACCUGGUGGGGUUGGGGACACCGUUGUCACCGUGGGGUUGAGCGACACGGCCAAUAAAGGGUUAAACUGGUGGCGA